AUGACUUGGUCCGAGGCAACUCAAUCGCUGACUUGGGCGCUCAAUAGGAUCGGUGAUGAGCCGUAUACCCUGGGACUCUUCGAUACGGCAGGACAGGAAGAUUAUGACCGACUGCGUCCCCUUUCAUAUCCCCAAACCGACGUGUUCCUCGUCUGCUUCAGCGUCACCUCGCCCGCCUCGUUCGAAAACGUCCGCGAAAAGUGGUUCCCCGAAGUCCACCACCACUGCCCCGGCGUCCCCUGCCUUAUCGUUGGCACCCAGGUUGACCUGCGAGACGACCCCAGCGUCCGAGAAAAGCUUGCCAAGCAGAAGAUGUCCCCCGUCCGCAAGGAGGACGGCGAGCGUAUGGCGAAGGACCUGGGCGCUGUCAAAUACGUCGAGUGCAGUGCGUUGACGCAGUUUAAGCUCAAGGAUGUGUUUGAUGAGGCCAUUGUUGCUGCUUUGGAACCCCCCGCGCCCAAGAAGAAAUCCCACAAGUGUCUCGUUCUAUAA